AAUAGAAAUAAUUAUAUUUAUAAAUGGAAUUGGUUUGCACAUAAUAAAUCUACAUUCAACAAUUUCAAAUGUUACAUAGGAGCUCUUCAGAGACGCUUCUGCUUUUCUUCACAAAGCCACGAGAGGACAGACAUACUUCAAAGAAGUUACCAUUGCGAUUCCGUCGUCUUGGUCGAACAAAAGAGAAUAUCUGAACGUUCUGUCGGAUUACUUUUCUUCGGCUCACGUUCGCAUCGACAGACCAAAUCCCGAAUACGGGGACGCGCCCUAUACCUUACAGACGGGUGGAUGUGGAGAACCCGGUCAGUACAUUCACCUGACGCCGAGAUUCGUGAAAAACGAGAAUGGCGAAAUAGAAGAUGCGUACGGUCCUCCCGCUCGUCAACUGGUCCACGAAUGGGCUCAUCUCCGCUACGGAGUAUUUGAUGAAUACGGCAUACCUGGAGAUCCGAGGUUUCCUAUGUUUUAUCAAGACAGCGGAAAGAUGUAUCCUACUAGUUGCAUCAAAAAUAUCAAAGGGUGGAUUGAAUCGAAAAAUGGUGGACCUUGUUAUAUUCUCGAAGGCGGAUACGUCGAUAAAGACUGCAUAUUUAUUCCAGAUAUGCACCAUCAAGAUGUCACGGCUUCUAUUAUGUAUAUGCCGUUUAUCCCGACGAUGGAUGGAUUCUGCGAUAAAACUGAUGAGCGAUUCCAUAACGUCAGAGCUCCGACCAGGCAAAAUGCAUUAUGCCAAUACAGAAGUACGUGGAAUAUCGUAGCGUCGCAUCCUGAUUUCCAGAAGAAAAAUAGGACAACCAGACAAGCGGAAGAGCUUACCGAAAUCUUAUUUCGAAUAGUCAAACAUGGAAAUCUGGAAGGGGGAAGAUUCGUAUUGGUGUUAGAUGUAUCGGGAAGUAUGAAUGGCCAACCGAUUCAAUUGUUACAUCAAGCGGCGACACGUUUCGUGGAGGACAGAAUUCCGGACGGAUCCUACCUGGGCAUAAUUCAAUUUAGCACUUACACUCAAGUAUUGUAUCCACUUACAAAAGUAACUAACCAAACGAGAUACAGCUUAAGUAAAAGUUUACCCGACAAGGACGACGGGGGAACGACCGCAAUCGGCAAAGCUCUCGAGGCAGGAAUAGAGGUUCUUAAAAAUAACACCGACGACAGUAUCGAAGGAGGUGUGAUUAUUUUAAUAACCGACGGAGAAGAAAACGUAGUGCCUUUCAUUAAAGAGAAAGUUCCAAGACUGCUGAAAGAAAAAGUAAUCGUAAACACGGUGGCGUUCGGCAAUAUGGCUUCGGAUAAAUUAGAAAAUUUAACAAAAAUAACGGGAGGAAAAGGAUUUUUCUUUGGAGACCUGAACGGAACACGUCCCACUUCGGAUCUGGAUGCCGCGUUCUUAGAAUCGGUUACCUCUCAGGCCGAUAUAGACUUACAACCGGUUAAGAUUGUAGACGAAAUGAUAUAUUUUAUGGAAAGGAACGAAACUUAUCAAGAAAGAAGAAUCUGGAUAGACAAAGAAUUAGGAAAAAAUACAAUAUUUACUUUCUUGAGUACGGUCAUCAACGGAUUCGACAUGCAGAUAUACGAUCCGAACAAUAAAUUAUACGACAAAUCGAGUCCGGAAUUUAGUAUAGAUAUGAACGUGAGGAAACGAAUUCAAGUUACCAUUCCAAAUGCACAGAGUGGACAGUGGACUAUACGAUUCCAUAGAACGCAAUUCCAUUUGCCUAUUACUAUUUCCAUGUCUUUGACGUCCGAACCGAAAGACAUUCGCGAUCAACCUAUACGAGUCAGAUCCUGGCUGAGCGAUUUCCAAUUGGAGUUUCCGGCUCACGCAAAAGUUUAUGCCGAAGUUAAAAAAGGUUACAAUGCGGUCGUUAAUGCAAAAGUUAUUGCUACGGUUGAGAGACCCAUGGGAAAAUCUGUCGAUAUUGUAUUAAAAGACAGCGGCGCUGGUGCUGAUGUUUUGCAAAACGAUGGGAUUUAUUCGGCUUAUUUUACGCAUUUUAAUGGAAAUGGUCGUUACGCCGUAGUAGCAAACGUAGUAAACGAUGGUGGAGCAAAACUGAAACGUGGAUCGAGAUCGUCUUCGGCUCUGCCUAUCCCUAAAAUUGCAAGCAAAACUGCAAAAGAAUCACUCGGAGAACCGACAAACAGCUUCCCAUUAGAAGAUUUCGUUUUUACUACGGAAAAGAAAGACGAAACCAUCGAUGCAGAACCCAUUGACCAUCUCCAAAGAAUAUCCGAAACCGGAGCAUUCAGAGUUCAGAACUGGAAACGAAAAUCCAAAGAUAACAUCCCUCCCGGAAAUAUCACGGAUUUAAUCGUCCUCGGAACUAAUCCAAAAAGACACGCGCUUUUAACCUGGACUUCUCCGGGUGACAAUCUCGACGAGGGAAUAGUAUCGUCGCUAGAACUUCGAUCUGAUUUAGAUCCGGAAAUACUCCUUUCGAAUUUUAAUGAGUCCUUCUUGUAUAACAGUAGCCACGUGAUCAACGGUACUCUGGAACCAUUACCUCCGGGCGCACUUCAAAUCGUAGUUAUAAAGGUGCCGGACGAAUUUUUUCCGUCGGUCAACAAUACUUCAAAUAAGACGGUGUAUUUUGCUGUCAGAGCAAUCGACAAGAAUGGCAACGUUUCUCCGGGUUACAAUUUGGCAUUAGCCAGCUUCAACUUUAACUUUUACGGACGUAAACCGAAUUCCAACAAGCCGUUUAGAUGGUGGCCCGCAGUCGUCGGCAUCGGCAUCGCCAUUUUAUUGAUGAUUGCGCUUAUGAUAGGGCUCAUUAUUAUUUUCCAUCGAAAAAAGAACCACAAAUUCGAGAAAGUGUAUUGCGAGUAAACAAAUCAAAAUAACAUUAAUAUCUGUUCAAGAUUCUGU